CCUCAUACUUCUGAUCUGUUGCAGAAACGGCUACAUUUUUCUAGGUUUACUCAAAAAUCUAGGAAAGUCCCGUGUUUCUAGGUUUAUCCAAAGCUAGGGACAAUCACCUGAAGAAAUCCUCGUAAUUCUGAUGCAUGUUUCUAGGACGGUCUUUUGAACGUUUGGAACAAACCGCGAAGUGACUCAGUUGCCAAUUAUCCAUACCGCCGUACUUGGGAAACCGCGUAGUGUUACAAACCGCUGAAUGGCAAGCCAUAAAGGGACGAAUGGCAAAUGAGAAACCGCCAAGUGUUACAAACCACCAAAUGGUAAACCACCAAACUGGUUCAUACGCGAAAUGCCAUACCUCCAAAAUGAAUAAAAGCUAUGAUACAAUCACUUAUCGAAAGUGUGUUAACAAAGACAGUUGGUAUUCAAUCAAAACUAGAAUUGCAGAUAAAUUAUGAUUUCUGUAAAUUUAGCAUUUUAUGGGUCAGUUAGUUGAAAUUUAUUAUAGAUAGCUCAAUAGCUCCCUAUUUCACCCUAUUCUAAAUUCACAAGGCAAUGAUAUCGAACCCUUGCCAAUAAACCACGAUCAGUUUACUAAUAGACAGCAGCAUAAACACAUGGCUUCUUCCCGAGGGAAUACUUCGUUAAGGAAAUCGUUCAAAACCAAGGAUUGCAUAUUAUAUAAGGACCAUCUCAAAAGACCUUACCAAACCAUGCAAACCCGUUACAUCAUGCUGCCGAUACAUAACAAAAACAAAUACUACAAACAGUGUAAUACUCAAAUCAACCGACUCUGGCAGCGUAAGCGCAAAUCUCAACUUCGACUGUUGGAAGCAUAUGACACGCUGCCAUCUCACAUUACAUUGGAAAGUGGUAAAUUGAAAAACCUUAAAGUGCUGGCGUACUGUUCAAUAUCGAAGAUUCCGGCGUGUUCAAAACGUUGUUUCCUUGAGAUAAUUGUGAGAGACGAUUAUUGUUAUUAUCUCAACAUCGAAAAAAUUUUCAUCGCUACAAGAGAUCCACAAAUUAUGAGAAGUAAAUUCUCUUGUAAUUUAUACCGUUCUAGUGAGACAUUUAAACCACAUUACAUCGGCCGCAAUAAUUUUCACGAUUCCUUUCCAAAAAAGGAAAUGCGAAAAAAAUAUAUAAUUACAACGAAGCCAAAUGAGUGGAUAGAUAAAGACUGCGAUAAAGAUGAUUUAUACCAACAACGUCAGAAUAACUACUACUACUAUUAUUAUAACGAAGAUGAAGAUGAUGAUACUUACUUUUACGAUUGCAGAAUAAGUGAGAAGAAAUUUUACGAAGGUCCACCACCGCCAACUUCAAACGAACCAUUCAUGGUUGUACCGAUACACAAUCAUCCAGAGCUAAAGGAGCAAUGUGUUCGUUUGAUAAAUAACGAGUGGCCACGAUCAAGGAUGGCACGGUUUUGGAGCUUUGAGUUUUCGAGUGACUCACUUCCCAUAUCGUUAGUCAUAACACAACUGAUCGACGGAGAGCAGACGGUACUUGGCCAUGCAAAACUUUCCCCCGUACUUGCAGACACAAAUGCUGCUUAUCUUGAAUCGGUAGUUGUAGACGAGCGCUAUCGAGGACGCGGAAUAGGUACAUAUCUGGUAACUGAAGCGGAAAAAUAUUGCAGUAACACGCUCAACAUAGACAAUGUAUACCUGGCUACCGAUGGGCAGGAAGUUUUCUACGCCAAGCUGGGAUACAUUUUCUGCAAAGCUAUCAAUAUAUUCGGAACGGAUUUAUCCAGAAAAACUGGCAGUAGAAAACAUUGGAUGAAAAAAGUACUGUCUGAUUGGAUAGUUCCAGGAUCAGAGAAUAUGUACAAAAUAGGUUCAAGCAAUCAACACCAACCAGUGAACAAAAUACCUCAUGGUAAAGCUCCAGUAAAACCACCUACCAUAGACGAACUAUUGAAAAAUAUACGACAAGUUGUUUACAUCAAUACAAUAAAUGUUAUUGAAAAUAAUAAGCCCAAAACGGUCGAAUCUCCACUAACAGAAAAUGAAAGUAUGUGUGAUUUGAUUUUUUCUAUGCACUCAAUAAACAUAUCAACCGAGGAAAUAAAAACAGCAUAUUGAAAAAAUCCUAAA